AUGGAGGGGAAGGGUCUCGGAUUGUCAAACAGUGGGCUGGCUUAUGAUGAGUCAUUUAAAAAUUUGCCGCCAGCCGCCCCGCAAUGGAGGGCGUUAUCGAUAAACGAGCGAGUACUAGCUUGCGUAGGGUACGGCCUGAAAACCCUCAACUACCCACCGUACGCCAAUUCGUAUAAUAUUAAUACGGCUGCCACGAACCAGGAUCCCAUUCUGAAAUAA